AAGGAUUCUAACAAACGUCCACGAUUUGAACCUCAUAUAAAGAUUGCAAGGCGCUUUCGCUGAUAUUUAUUCAAUCCUCUUAAGAGACCUGUGCCACCCUCUACUGCCAACUCGCACCAGAAGCCACGCGCCUGUCCUAAGACGACAUGCCUGAGCGUAUGAGGAAACGAGAUAAAUUGAAGGAGAAGUUUAGCUUUAGCAGCUCUGCCUCUCCAAAUAACCGACAGAUUCCAAAUGCUGGAGCUUUGAGCACGUUGCGACAUCUUGCGCCAGUAUUGCUGCCCUCGUCCGCCACUCUAGACGUUCCAUCAGCAACCGGGGCACCUAGCGAAGCUAUUCCACCACCGUCAUCCAUACCCACGCCCCCAGUUCCAGACCUCUGGCUUGCUGCACUGGAAAAGCUCUCAAAAGGCGAACAACAGCUGAUUCGGAAGAUGCAGCCCACACAACCCACUCAACGUCCCUUGUCGGAGAGAAUGGAGGAACUGGCUGGCAUGGUUAGAGAGAAAAGAAGUGAAUGCGAAGAGAAGUCCUACAAAUUCCGUUUCAAAGAGAGGGAAAUAAUCCUAAGGGACGUGGCAGAAAGGAUAGUAUUUUGGUUGAAUAAGUUCAAAGAAGUUGGUGAUGUUGCUGUGAACCUCGACCCAGUUCAUGCUGCGUUGCCAUGGGCGGGUAUCAGACUUUUGCUUCAGGCAGCUGUGGCAGGACAUGAGCAGAUGGGAGCCUUACUUAUAAGCGUCGAAAGGGUCACAUGUUUGACCAAUCGAUGUGCGGUAUACGAGAGCCUCUACAGGUCCGUAAUUAUACCGAAAGAAGCGCUGGAUAAUUUUCAUGCAGCGUUGAUUGAACUUUAUGCUGCUAUCUUACGACUGAUAGCACUCAACUGUCGAUUAUUCGAUAGAAACACGUCAAUGCGAGCUCUACAUGCUGUCUUCAAUCCUGAUGAGAUAUCCGAUUAUCUUGCCAAAUGCGAAAAGUCAGAAAUGCAAGUCGAAAUUGAAGCCCAAAAUUGUGAGCGUAUGCGCAGCCAAGAAGCAGAUGCAAAGACCCAGGAAUUGCUCGAGAGUCUGCGAACUCCAAUCCUCCGCACUGAUGAAAGGGUUUCUUCUCUUCUGGAAAGGGUGGGUAAUAAAGAACGGCUGAAAAUGCUCGAUUGGGUCUCGAACGUUCUUUAUGGAAAACAUCAUGAUACGAGUGGCAAGAUGCAAGCUCCUCCGGAGCUCUCUGGCUCCGCGGAACUGCUGGAACGGGAAAAACAAACCUUACCUCCAGGGUAAUUGAUAAAAUUCAAGAUGAUCUCAGAAGGGCCCCAAAUCAUGAAGGCCUCGCAUUCUUCUACUGCAAUAGGAACGAAGCCGAGCGGCAAGAACCGUUGUCAGUAUUACGCAGUUUUGUUCGGCAGUUGUCAACUCUUGUCAACGAAGAGCAUUCUUCAAUUUCUCUGCAAAGACGCCUCCAGGAAUUCUAUAUUCAGAAGCAAGAAAAGGCAUCCGCGCCGACUAUCAGUGAAUGUAAGGAGCUUAUUCUCGAGUUUAUCAA